CUGCAUCCAGCGGAGAUGGCACGCAGACUAGCCAAAGUUCGAAGAAAUCCGGAAGCGGAUAUUGGCCGGAAAGUAUUCCAAGGCUUCCGAAUCGGGACAGGUACCGCCACCUGAAUCCAUUCUGCAGUUUGCAGAAGUCUCUUAUCGAUUGUCUAGCAUCCCCACCACGUGAGGUCUGGAAACACCGGACAAGGCGCGCCUGCUUACCUAGGUACAUCAAGACGUCAAAAUGGCCUAAUGAUGUGACGCUAGUUUUGAAAGACGAUAGCCCGAUAGAUCGUAACUCCCAUGUGCAAGGGCAGUGAUCCAGACUCGUUCCGCCCGAAAAGUGAAAACCAUUCUGGACCGCGAGGCGCAACCCUCGCCAUGCUGUUCGACACUAUUGACGCCAUCCUGCCCCCUUGAGUCCGACACUGACUUCCGCAGAGCAUGGGGCGCGAGGAGGUUGUUCGUUCCAUCCCACAGGCGCCCGUCUAGAGCUGGACUUCGAUAUGAGUCGCCGCCCGCCACUCCCAUCGCACACCGUGCCCCUCUCAGAGAAGAAGAGAGAGCGCGAGGUCCUCCAAUAUGUCGCCGCCUACCGUGACCUGCCACGCCUCGAUGAGUUGGCCUCCGGACCAGAGUCAUCCCAUCUCCCUCCUGACUACUGCGCGCAGCCCUCAACAGACUCGACCCUGACUGCACUAUGCCAGCUGGCAGCGCUGCGCAUGAACGCGCAGCGGGCUUUGAUCUCCUUGAUAGACGACAAACACCAGCACGUUCUGGCAGAGGCAACACCUCAAACCUCGCUCCGCGGAGGCGCCCCACCUGCCGAUGGGUCCAACCCAUUGUGGUUGGGCAGUGUCAGCAUCCCUCGAAGUUGGGGUGUUUGCGAACAGGUCCUAGACUUAGGCGCGGGCAACGUUGCCGAGCGCGCAGGAACAUCGAUUGUUGUCAACAGAGACCUUCGUGACAGCGAUCGUUACGCACAGCGCACAUUUGUUCAAGACGGCCCACGCGUCCGCUUCUAUGCUGGUGCCGCACUUGUGAGUCGGCAGGGUGCGAUUGUGGGCGCGCUGUGUGUUUUUGACGACACGCCCAGGCCACUAGGUGUUCCAGAGGAGAACGCGACAUGUCUCGAGGAUCUAUCAGCCACGAUCAUCGAGUAUCUACGCAACUAUACGGUCAAGGAUCGGUUCAGGCGCGGCGAGAAACUCACUCGAGGCCUUAUUUCCUUCGCAGAAGGCGCAUCAGCGCUACUGCCAUUGGAUAACAGCAAUGAAGUUGACUUGGAACCACUCUCUACUACGCCAACAUCAUCGACCCUGGGAUCUGAUAUAGAAUCCAUUCUUCCACACAAUGCGCCCGCAGAGGAACACGCGCCAUCACGUGCGGCAGAGGCGAAUGAUGCUGCCUCGCAAGCAUCACAAGCGGGCUCUGCAGGAACUGAUCGGGACUCAUCAGAGCAAAAGCAGCAACCAUUUUCGACCGGUUCGGAUACUAUUCGACCAGGCUCUACACGGGAAUCAUCGUUGCGAGCCUUGCAAAGUACUAUACUGCCGAUGAAUUCGAGAUCGAUGUUCGCACGGGCCUCCAAUGUUAUGCUUGCAUCCAGCGACCUUGACGGAGUCCUCAUAUUCGAUGCAUCUGUUGCAGCAACUGGACAUCGCCAGCAUCCAGCAGCUCCGGAACGUGGACGCUUGAGCGGCAGCCUUUCCGAUUCUGCAGGGCUCAAUUCGAGAUCAGAGUCAAGCGAUGACAGUAGUUCGCAAAGUAGCAAUGCCAAAGAGGGACCGAAGUCUUCUUCAUCUAAGAGAUGCCAAAUUCUUGGAGCCGCACCAUCUAGACCAAUUGUAAACGCAGACGGGACGCCAGGAGACGGAUCUUUCGCUGAGGCCAGCUUGGCCCGCUUGCUGCGGGAUUACCCACACGGAAAGUUGUUCCACUACUCUGCCAAGGGUGAUCUCUUGUCCUCGACGGAUGAGUCAUCCUCGAACAGGGACCUCCACCGGAAUAUACCAGUUGGUGACGAUCUACGUCCUAAAGCGUACCACAGACCAGGGCAAAUAUCCAGAAGCUCAAAAGCCAUCGCUGAGCUGCUUCCAAAUGCCCGGAGUGUGGCAUUUGUGCCUUUCUGGGAUUAUGAGAGAUCAAGAUGGUUCGCGGGUUGUCUUUGCUGGACUAGCAGCCACGACCGUUUACUGUCAGCUUCGGUAGAUUUGGCAUAUUUUAAUAUUUUCAGUCAUUCCAUCAUGCGAGAGCUAUCACGUCUCGAUGCUGUUGCGUUGAACCAACAGAAAACCACGUUUGUUGCUUCCAUCUCACACGAACUACGAUCUCCUCUGCAUGGGAUACUGGGCACAUUGGAAUUCAUAAAGGAUACUCCGCUGGACACGUUCCAAACCAGCAUGCUCAAUUCGCUCAACAGCUGCGGUCAAACCUUACUUGAUACGAUCAACCACGUCAUGGAUUAUUCCAAAAUGAGUGAAACUACAAAGAACGUUUCCACAAGACGACUCAAAAAUACCAAGACGGUACGACUGUCAUCUAAACCUCUCAAGACGCGGCGUUUGCAACGAGACCUAGCCUUUGAUCUAGGCAUUGCCACUGAGGAGGUCGUAGAGGCUAUCUUCGCUGGAUCCUCGUUUCUCCCGAUCAUGAGCUCUAAGAACGCACCCAUGUCUCCUAGCGGAUCAAUAUCCACAACAGAAGACAACAUGAGUACACUUGAUAUUAGCACUAAACGUAAAACGUGCUACAUCAUAUUGGACAUUGCCCCUGAGCAGGACUGGAUAUACUGCUUCCCUGUAGGGUCUUGGAAAAGAACUGUCAUGAACCUUUUCGGCAAUGCCAUCAAAUACACCCACAGAGGCCAUAUUACGAUUUCCAUCCACGCCACAGACCUCGCCAAAACUGCAAGCUCGGCCACUACGAUUACACUCACCGUAAAUGAUACAGGGGUUGGUAUGAGUUCUGUCUUUCUUGCCAACAAAGCGUUCCAAGCGUUCUCACAGGAGAAUCCACAUAGUUCAGGAGUGGGUUUAGGGCUAAGUAUUGUCCGGCAGAUCAUCGAGACAAACGGUGGUAAGAUUGAAGUUAGCAGUGACCAUUUAUCUGGAACUAAGGUCACCGUCAAGUUGUCAUUGAUGAGGCCCGAGUCAGUGCAUACCAACCUUCCGCAACGCGAUGAGUAUCUUCGCUGGCUACCACGCUUACAAGGCCGCAAAGUGUGCAUCCUUCACAGGCCCGAAGCCGACCAGGACAUUGUGGAUGAGCCGCAGAACACAGAAGGCCUCGCAAAGUUCACCCGUGCUUUAGCAACGACUUUGUCCAACCACUUGAAGAUGGACGUUGUACAGACGACGAAGUGGGAAGAUAACAAUGCAGAUAUUGUGAUCUGCCCGGAACCAUCCUUCGAAUAUCUUGCUGCUAUCAGAACUAAAAGAGCCGAAAACCAAGCCGCAAAAGCAGCAGUGACUAUCUUUGUUGCGUUGGACGCCCUCGAAGCAGCGACUCUUCGCUCUGAUGUUCGCGUCACGAGCAAGGAAUCAGUGGUCGAGAUCAUGACCCAGCCACUCGGGCCUUUCAAACUGGCUUAUGUGCUGAAUCAAUGUCUCGACCGAUUUGUACACCCGAACGAGAAUGUCAUUCAUGUGUCUACGAGCGACUCAGCACAGUCAGAGCCGCCACCCGUCGAAGGACCAAUGCCUCUAUCACCUUCUCCAGCUGAGAUGCCGCCGCUUCUGAAUCAGCCUCAUUGGCAUCAGACAGACAAGUUGGAUCCUCCCUCUUUUACAGAAUCGCAGCAUCCAGCGACUAUAACACUAGCCCCAGAGACGACUGAGCUUGAGAAGCGUACGCUUCCAAUUCGCCCGAAGCUCACGAUAUCCAACAGUGCAGUCGACGACACAUCGUCAAAAAUUCUCAUUACAGAUGACAAUACAAUCAACCGAAGGCUCCUUACAGCAUUCAUGAAGAAACAUAACUUUCAAUAUGUGGAAGCAGAGAAUGGCCUCGAGGCCCUUCGCGCAUACCAGUCCACUCCGACGCUAUUCAGCAUCAUCCUCAUGGACAUGUCGAUGCCCGUUAUGGACGGCAUGUCGGCAACUCGAGCAAUCAGGCAAUACGAGCAAGAAUACAACAUAUCACGAUGUUGUAUCAUUGCUUUGACCGGACUGGCAUCUGCCAGCGCAAAGCUGGAGGCAUGGAAUGCUGGCAUUGAUCAUUUCAUGACCAAACCAGUCAAUUUCAAGGCACUCCAGGAUUUUCUCAGGAAGGAACAGGCAAGGCGCCAUGAAUCUACAAGAACGCGGCGAGUGUCAGCCUCGUUCCUGUCCAGAAACUGA